UCGACAAGUCGUCAGUGAGUUCGAGGUGGUCCCAGAGUGCUCGAGGGGGCCUCCUUGGUCCCCCCCGAAAGAUGCAAAAGACGGGACUCGAUUUGACCACGUUAUGACCAAGUUACGCCCCUUCAAACCCUAGAAACCCUCUUUUCUGGCUGAAUUACCGUCCUACCACCUUAAUGCAGCGACAGCUUGAGCUUUCAUAGCCAAGGAGAACAGGGUUUUAUCUAAGCAGAAACAUGGUCGUUUAAGUACUUGAAUGUCUAUCGCCACAGGUUCAGAGGACUUUUCUUAGAAUGCACGAAUAUGCAGACCCUGAUUGUGAUCAAUCAAAUGUAGCAGCUAUCCACAAACCUGACGGAGGCAGGAGGGCCAUCAUGGCUGAGUGGCAUUCGCAGGUGUUGCACCUGUUGUACGAAUCCUUUGGGUGGAUUGCAUUUUUGUCAUGGUCAGUAAGUUUCUGGCCACAGGUGUUGUUGAAUUACAAGCGAAAGAGUGUGGUUGGCCUCAACUUCGAUUUCGUUGUCCUCAACUUCACCAAGCACUCGUCGUACCUCGUCUUCAAUGCCGCCAUGUUCUUCAGCCCCACAGUGCAAGCGCAGUACCACCGCAAGUACGGCCCCGACGAGCUCAUCCCGGUGGCGCCCAGUGACGUUGCCUUCUCAGUGCAUGCAGUGGCCCUCACGGCAGUCACACUUGUCCAGCUCUGCAUCUACCAGCGUGGGGCCCAGAAAGUUUCUUUCUCCGCACGCGUUAUCACAGCGCUCGCCUGGACGGCUGCGGCAGUGUUCCUGGUAUGGCAGGGUGCCGCACACCACCGUUGGCUUGAGGUCGUCACCUUCUUCAACUACAUCCAGUUGGUGAUGACCAGCAUCAAGUACAUUCCGCAGGCCUGGAUGAACUACCGCCGCAAGAGUACCGACGGCUGGAGCAUUGAGAACAUCCUGCUCGACUUCACGGGGGGGGCAUUGUCGCUGGCCAUGAUGAUCCUGCAGUCAGCGGACCAAGGAUCACUGCAAAACCUCGUGGGCAACGUUGGGAAAUUAGGACUUUCUCUGGAGGUGAUGUUAUUCGAUGCGUUUUUUAUUCUCCAGCACUACGUACUGUAUACGGAUAGAAGCAGCCGCACUGUAGAAUCGGCAGCGCCUAAGGUUGUAGAGAAGAGCGAAUACCGAGCCGUGGAUGUGUCAGAACAUUGACUAGGAACGAGUCGGGACACAAUUGGGACGAUUUUCAGUACGUUCGCUGGAAGCCCCUGCGUCGCUAAAGUGCUCGGCCAACAACCUACUCGUCAUCAUAAGCGGCAUGCAUACUCAAAUUCAUAUCAAG